UACGUGAGCUUUGCACCCGCAAUGAAACAGCGUUGAUGUUUUCUAUUUGCUUUGGCCCGUUUUUGCCAGUUUCCAAGUCCGCCAAAGCUUCCAGCGACGAACGUCCGCAUUUGGGCAAGAUGGUAUACCCUGGCAUAGAGGAGAGUGUGGAUCCCAGCAUCGCGCAGAAGUGGCACUGCCUCUACUCCUUCGCGGUUCUGCAGAGUCACCUCACCGGCAACCCCUCGCCCGAGCCUGACUUCCCAGACUGUCGGUGCGCGCUGUUUGUGACGUGGAACACGAUGUCCAGCGGAGGGCACCGGCUGCGCGGCUGUAUCGGCACGCUCGAGCCCAAGCAGCUCCACGCGGCGCUGCACGACUACACGCUCAACUCGGCGUUGCGGGACCACCGCUUCUCGCCCAUCAAGCUCAAGGAGCUGCCCUCGCUGCAGUGCAAGGUGUCGUUGCUGUCACGCUUCGAGAAGGCGGCUGGCUGGCAGGACUGGGCGGUGGGCACACACGGCAUCAUCAUCCACUUCACAGACCCCGAGGCGCGCGUGCGCCGCACCGCCACCUUUCUGCCCGACGUGGCGCCGGAGCAAGGCUGGGACCGGCAGGCGGCCAUCGACGCGCUCGUGCGCAAGGCUGGAUACAGUGGCCCAAUGACCCCCCAGCUGCGCGACUCGAUCUCCCUGGAGCGCUACCAGUCCACCAUCGCCUCGGUGACCUACGAGGAGUUUCUGGAGGCGCUGCAGGAGGCGCGGCGCGGCGAGGGCCAGGCUGACCCAGCGGUGCAAGCGGUGCGGCUGCAGGUGGCGGCGUGACGAGGCGGGUGAGGGGGGCGGCGUGCUGUGUGAGCGCGGAGGGGAGAGAGCUAGGGACCGUGGGAGUCAGGGGCCCUGGGCGGGCCCUGGGUGAAUGCACCUCACCGCUGCAGUGCAUUGCCGCAGUGAUGACAUUUUUUGUAGAGCGCUGGCGCGCCUAGCUAGUAAGCACUCUAGCGUCCGCGUCUCCUCUCAGCGCCGCCAAGCGUUUCCAGGGCGACGGCGGGGCAAGCUGCUGGUGUACUGCUGCCGCCGCGGCUUGCAAGCUUGCUGCCAACGCAUUUUGCAUUUCGGCAUCUAGUUGCGCCAGCCUGUUGGGACAGAAGAAUGUCUGCAGGUCUAGGAGGUGUGCACUAAAACGAUGCUGUUGUGCUGUACUGACUUGAAAGACUGAAGACCACGGCACGAGGGGCUCUGAGAGCCGGCCAGCAUGCAUCGAGCGCAUGGUUCUCGUGCGCGCACCGCUGUGUGGGCUCACCCGAUUGUGCACUUUAUGCUGGCCUGGAGAUAGAAUGACCUUUGCACCGUUUGUUUUGGGCCGCGACGGGACGCGCCGUCAUUCGUACGGCACCCGAAGCGGGAUGUAAGCGCGCCCAAGGCUGUGGGCAGGUCUUAGUGUGGUGCCUAGACAGGCCAGUGCGUGGAUAUGUAUAUUAUGAUUUGCUGCAGUGUGAGGCAUGUGCCGGUAACAGGAGUUGUGGUGCUAGCGUGUGCACGCGGCCGUGGGGGGCCGAAGAUCGACGGGGCUGAUGGGGCCCGCGUGUGUCUCGAGUGCACGGUGCUUUGUUUGUCAAGAGGCAUUGUGCUGUUCUUGCAUCCGUGUAAAGUACUCAAUUUCAGACAUCCUAUUAUCCGCAACCUGCCAAGAGCCCGCCAGUAACAAUGAUUGCGCCGAAGAAGGGCAACUAUGCCGGGAAUCCUAGUCACCUUCUUCCAUCUGAGCUUAUCGAUAGGUGUAUCGGGUCAAAGAUGUGGGUCAUUAUGAAGGGCGACAAGGAGAUUGUCGGCACCCUGCGCGGCUUCGACGUUUACGUUAACAUGGUGCUCGAAGACGUGACGGAAAUUGAGGACACGCCAGAGGGCAAGAAGCUCACGAAGCUGGACCAGAUCCUACUGAACGGGAACAACAUUGCUAUGCUGGUGCCCGGAGCCAAGCCGGACUACUUGUAGACUAACAGCUUACGUUUGGCAACAUGGCGCUGGCGAGCGGCUGGCGAGCGGCUUCGUGCCCAGGCGGACGAUAGUGGAGGUGGCACGCAUGCUUUGGCCCCUUGGGGCGUAUGCAUUGCUCCGCAAGAUAGUGCCCUGGCGGCCGCUGCUUUGGUGACGGUGCAGGAGUAUGAAGCACGGGUGGCCGCUGUUGACUAAAGGGGGACGGACGAGGUAUAGCCAGAGUUCUCCGGCGGCUUGCCCAGCUGCCGACUGUACCCCCGGGGGUCGGACCAUGCCUCACCACGGUACACACCAAGCGUACUGUACAGAAUCCAUUCAAGACUAGGGCAUAUCGAGUUCAAAGGAUGCAAGGGCAUGGAGUGGAGCCUCUUUGCGUGCUGUCCGUCCUGUCCAGCUGGUGAGGCACUGGGCAUAGUAGACAACAUGCGGUGAUGCUAGGAGCGGUUAAGGCGGACAGACAUUACUAUUGAAGUAGUAUGGACUCGUAAAUACGUAGCGGGACACGUUGGGUGGCUGUGUGCACGAUAUUGCGGUCCAGCACGCCCUUGGAAGCCGUGCAGACCCGAUGCACGAUUGGAGGGCAGCAUGGAAUACCGGUAGUCCUUGUACAUGCCUUGGACUGAACACGUCUAGGUUCAGCUUGACAUAACGUCAAUGGCUUGAGCGUCGGAUUCGUAUGGCGGCAAGCGGAGAGGCGCGUGCUUGGUCAUGCAAGGCAUGCCAUAGCAGGCCGUGAUUUGAUGAUUGAUGGGGUUUUAUGGCGUGGUUGUAUGGUGUAGCGCUAUGUUUGGCCGCGGGCCGCUGCAGAAGAGCAUGCGUACGGUACUGCUGGACGCACAGGGCCAGGGAGCAGCCUGAGAGUGCUCGACAGGGGAGGAGCCGAGGAGGGUAUCCCGAUGUAAUGCAGAUGGAAU